CUUCUUCACCCAUGUAAAUCUAAAGACUAAUGAAGACUCUUCUCUUCCUUUUUCUUUCCCAUCUAUUCAUUCUCUCGCACACAAUAACCAAGCCUUCCCUUUGCACACAACAAUCAAAUACAAGGAGAAAACACACGAAAACUUUCUACUCUUAAGACACCCUAAACUACAUACAGCAAGGAAGAAACGAGAGAAACUGAAAAAGAUUGAAUCGAUUUUCAAACAAUAUUAAUUGAUUUUGCGGCUGCUUCAAUGUUUUUUCUUUCCAUUUGCACAUAACUUUCUUUUCAAGAUCAAUCUGGCUAUGAAUGUUACAAUUUUGUGCCCCAAUUUGUAUCUUUUGAAAAUCUCUUCAAUUUGAUCUUUUUUUUUUAUUUCCUUCUUUGUGGGGUUUCUUUCUCUUUUUACCCCAAAGUGAAUAAUUCCUUCUUUUUGUCAAGAGAUUCUUAAUUUUCGAUUUCAUCAUUCCACUUUUUUAAAAUUAGGGUUUCGUUUUUUGGGUGUGGACUUAGUUGUAGUGCUGCUGCUGCUUUUAGUUAGUUUGAAUCAUUUCUGAAGCUAGGGUUUCGGUCGGAUCAGAACUUUGAGGUGGGUUUCUUGCUAGGAAGGGAAUUUGGACUUAUUUAGGGUUUAUUGAUCAUAUCAGGUGGUGGGUUGUAUCCAAUACUUCAUUUGAUGCAAUUUGGAUGCUUAUUGAACUGAGUUUACAAGUGGUAUUGAAGAUCAGGGUGAUUAAUAUUGGUAAUUUUGAGUUUUGAAAGAUAAAAUAUAUUAAUUGGGUAUCGUUUUGGGUUUGAUAAAGUGGAAGACAGUGAAUCAUAACGUUUCAAGUUGAAAUCUUCCCCCCAAAGUAGGUUGUCUACAUAAACUACACAUUUCUGGUGAAAUAGUGACCAAUAAUUUGCUGACAUUUCUUGGGCAAUCCGGUUAGAAACUAAAACUUUGUGUGUUUUGAGUGAUUUUGGCUAGUGGGUUUUACAUUUUAUGUGGAUUUGAUGUUUGAGUAUUGGUGAGUUGAGGUUGAGUUUAUGAAAGAAUUUUGAUGCUUGAAAUGAAUGUGGGGAUAUGGUGUAUGAACAAGAGCUUAGUUGUUGGUUUGGUCCUAAUUUGGAACGUUGCCAUUGUGAUUACUUACUAAUUGAAGCCUUUGUGCUUGCAAGGGGUGACAGAUUCUUGAGGCCCUUGGAAGUUCUGCAAUGUCGCGCUGCUUUCCCUUCCCUCCCCCGGGAUAUGAAAGGAAGACGAAAGCGGAUGAUUCUGACCUGUUAAAAAAGGAAAAAAACAAAGAAAAAAGAUCCAAAAAGGAGAAAAAGGAUAAGGAGAAGAAAGAAGGCAAAGAAAAACGCGAGAAAGAAAGAAGUGAUGAUAAACACAGGGAGAAGAAAGAUAAAAAGGAGAAAAAUAAAGAUAAACGGAAAGACAAAGAGAAGGACCGUGAUAAAGAUAAACAUAAAAGCAAUCCCCCCCUUUCUGAUGAGAAGGUUCUGGGAUCUGCUGACAGCCAUAUAUAUAAAAUCUCUGAUAAGAGCAAAAAAGAAAUUGAAAAAAUUCCUAGCUCUAUUGAGAAGAGAGUCAGUGGGGUAUCUGCCAUUCAGAAUGGGAUGUUGGUCGGUAAGAAUAAUCACCAUGUUUCUGGGAUUCGGAGUCCCAAAUUUAUCGCGGAGAUGGGUCGGAAGAGCAUGGAUGAAGACAGGAGAACAAAUAAUCAUUUUCCUCCUGAUAAAAAUGUUGUUGCCGAGAGAAAAAACUAUGCAGGAGUUAACCUGGCCUCGAGGAGUGGAAUAUCUUCACAGAAGUUGAAGGAGAGGAUCAAAGAAAAACCCACGUUUGAUGGGAGGAUAGAUGGACGAGGUGUCCUUGGGGAUGCUAGAUCUAGUGAAAGUCCUCUGGUUCCACAUUCGGUUAGGUUGGUUCUGAAUUCUGUUGGAUCAGUUUCGAAUUCUGGAAUGGUUCAAAGACUUGAAGGAACUCCGAAACCUGUGGACAAGAAGAUAGAGCAGAAAGUGGAAGGAAAAGAAAAGGUUCGAGAGAAAGAAGGUGAUGAUAGAAAAGGAGAUAGAAGAAAGGAAAGAGAACGAGACAAAGACAAGAAGAGAGAGCAGAUAAUGAAGGCAACACCGGAAGACAAGCGCGUACAGGUGACAAGAAUGAAACACGAAAGUGAGAAUCACAUACUAACGCCUGGUCUGAAGGAUGGAAACAAAAAAGAUAUUUUAGGUGUACCGAGUGUUGGGUUUCAUAACGUGACAAAGGAUAGUAAUCAUCAUGCUGCUAUUGUGAAUAGUAAUCACAGGAAACGGAAGGAUCCUGGGCUCAAUGGAAUUUAUGAUGAACAUGUCAUUGGGCCUAAUAAGCAUGCAAGAACAAUAGCUUCUCCCCAUCUGUUGACAGAAAAUGGAAGGAGCUUAGAGCCUUGCCACAAUUCUUCUGCUGCAGUUGCUCCCGGCACACAGUUGCCACCCAUGAAUAUUAAAGUCGGACGUAAUCUUUCUCAUGAUGAUGUACUGCGGAAACCCAUGAAUAUUGAAGCUGAACACAAUUUUAUCCAUGAAGAUGUUCUGCGGAAACCCAUGAAUAUUGAAGUGGAACACAAUCUUUCUCAUGAUGAUGCACAGAGGCCACGCAUGAAAAUCAAAGUGGAUGGCAAAGAAUGCAAGAUCAAUGGCACAGUUGCCGAUCCCUCUACAAAGCCAUCUCGAGAAACAACUGCAAAAGUAGAGCGAAAGCCCGAAAAGCCUCCGCCUCAUCCAGAUACCAAGUAUCUCAGCCAGGUACUUUCAGUACCCAAAAUGGAAGAAUUGUCUAAUUCUGACAACGAAGAGUGGCUGUUCAAUAGCAGUAGCUCUUUGACAAGGAAGCCGGAGGCUGAACCAUCUGGGAUUGAUGAGACGCCGCAGGUAUGGGCAAGAGCCUUGUGGUUAGAGCCAGUAGAUAUUUAUGCUUUGCCAUAUGUUAUUCCUCACUGAUUGGCUUCAUAAAUUGUGGUUGUUUGUGCUUUGCCAUAUGUUAUUACUCCCUCACCGUGUGGGAGAAACCCCUAGCCAAGCUCAGGGAAUUUGGCAAUAGAAGCCGAGAUUGGAAAUUCGAGUUUCCACAUGCUCAUCGGAAUCACAAAUUUUCGAGAUUUGUCUGAGCUUAUCGCCCGUCAUUUCCAGAGCUUUUUCAAAUGGAAAGGAAAGGAUCGGAAGCUAUCAGAUUGUGUGAGUGACACCCACCUCGGCUUUGCUGCGGCAUGUUCCAAGAGCUAGAGCUUUAGAUGGCAAUUUUAGGCCUCUCUUAGCAUGAGAAAAAGAACCGAUUCUUUUGUUAGCGAAGUAUAAUGAGCUUCCCUGUAGUCGUAACCGUUUACAAGAGCUUGUUUAGGUGGGAAUGUACUCUUUGGUUAGAGCAAAGGGAGCUUUUGUUAAUGUUUUUCCCUGUAAGAGAAAUUUAACAGGUAUGGUGCUUUGUAGUUCGCACCGAUCGAUUUUGAUUUGUAAGUUGUAACAUAAAUACUCUUCAUUUACAUAGAAAUGUAACAUACAAGGAACUGGGAAAUUGUAGCUUUCUUUACAUAGUUUGUUCCUCAAUUUUUAAUAUUACUAAGACUUGCUGCUAUGAGUGUAGUUGUAUAUGCUAUUUCAUAUGGCCUGUAUACCAAAAGUAUUGAAGCAGACUCUGGUUGGAUCCGACUUUGCUUGUGUCAUGUGGGCUAAUGAGUAAUAUUGUUAUGAUUAUUAAAUGAUUACAUAAAUGGAUUAAAUGAGUGAACUUUUCCCACCCAAUCAAUUAUUU